AUGUACGCCUUCACCAUCAUCAUCGUCGCCGCCCUCGGCCUAGCUACCGCUUCCCCAGCCUCCGACUUCUCAUCUCGCCAGGUUGCUGCCGUUGCUUCUGUCGACCGUUCUGCUGGUCCGGGCUGCACUGGCACUAUUUGCAACAAGGCUGGCUCUGGUGAUCUCCAUGCUGGAUGCAACGCCAUCACCGACUCUUGCCAAGCAAGCUUGAGGCUCAACUACGCGAACGCUGGUUGUAAGGUGGCCAUCUGGACCGACGCAAAGUGCACCAGCGUCACUCAAUUUGCUAACGUCACUACGCCUGGCGAAUGCUACGCUCUUGGCCCGCCUAUCAAGGGCAUCUCUGUUACCUGCUAG